GAGCUUCAUUUAAUGUGUUUUGAAAUGUCUACGUUUGAUUGUCAGUUGACAAAACGUCUCUGUCUGUAUUAUUGUGAUGUCUCUUCACUCCGAUGUUGACCAUUCUCAAGCCAAUAGUAUUAGAAAAGCUGUCAACAACAAUGAAUGUCCAGUUAAAGAGAAACAUGUACGAAGAAUAAUCAUCGAGUCAUUCCGAGAAAAAGGAUCACAAUUUUUCUGGAACCUUGUUCUUAAAUUACCACUUCAAGAGAAUCCUAUUGUGUGUUGGAAAUUUUGUCAUGUUGUUCAUAAACUUCUCCGUGAAGGACAUCCUAAAGCCAUCAUUGAUGCAUACCCAAAUCGACGAAUAAUUAGUGAUCUUGGUCGAUUCUGGGGAUCACUGAAAGAUGGUUAUGGCAAGCUUAUACAGAAUUACUGUGCCCUACUUGUGUCAAAAAUGGAUUUUCAUGUUCGGAAUAUUAGAUUUCCGGGAAGUCUACUGGUCACCGAUGAAGAGCUUGAUGAAAUCAGUGAAAGAGACGUAAAUGUUUUUUUUCAACUUUCAUGUGAGAUGUUUGAUUAUUUAGAUGAAAUACUAAACCUUCAAUCAGCAGUUUUUGGAUCUUUGGACAUGUCUAGAGCCAAUUCGAUGACAAGUGCUGGCCAAUGUCGAUUAGCUCCACUGAUUCCCUGUAUACAGGACUCAAGUCAACUCUAUGAUUACUCAGUGAAAGUCUUAUUCAAAUUACAUGGAGCAUUACCACCCGGAACACUUGAUGGUCACAGAGAUAGAUUCCUAACUCAAUUUAAAUUAUUGAAACAAUUCUAUCUCAACUCCAGCAAUCUACAGUAUUUCAGAUAUCUUAUUCAAAUACCAUUAUUACCAGAUAAUCCACCAAAUUUCCUGUUAGCUUCUGAUUUAAAAAGUCAUGUUACACCUGUUGUCAUCCUUCCUCAACAAUCCGACUCUCCUGAUGGAUCUGAAGCAACAGAUACUCUCAUUGAUUUAUCCUUUCCAAAUAAUCAGAAUGAACAAGAGAAGAGUGACGAAAAUUCAUCAGUUUGGUCAUUUAAAUCGGAACCAGUCAAUGGAUCUGCUUCUCAUGAAGCAUUAGAAGUCAAAGAUAACUUAAUCAUCAAAUUGAAACGCCGUAUAGAUGAGCUUGAAAUGGAGAUUCAACAAAUCCGUAUUGAGGAUGGGCGUGUUAUUGAUAGUUUUCGGCGUAAAUUAACUGAAGCUGAAUGUAAUGCAGUUGAAUCAGAUAGAGCAUUGAAAGCCAUAGCUAUGGAUAAAGAUAAUUUGAUGAAAGAAAAUGAAGAAUUGAAACAAGAAAUUACCAAAUUAAAGAUAGGAACUGAUAAUCAACAAGAGAAUACCAAAGCCAACGAGAAAUUAGCAAAAGUUCUUGAUAUUUAUAAAAAAUUGAGAGAUGAACAUAUUGAACUAUUAAGAGCGAAAGCUGAAGUUGACAAAAACUGUAUCAGUGCGAAAUCAGCAUUGGAACGCGAACUUAAAGCCAAAGAGAGUCUGGAAGAGCAAUUAAAGGGAUUGAAACACAAAGUUGAAGAAAAUAACAUCAAAAAUGAAACUGUGGAAAAGGCUGAAGCCAUUGAAGCUUACAAUAAAAAGUUGCUCACCGAAAUAGCUUUACUUCAAAAGGAGAAACUUCAAACUGAAGGUGAACUGAGUGAUGUUCAGAAGCAUCUUCUCAUGGUUAAAGCUGAUAUCGAGGAUCAGUCAAGAAUCUGGGAAGCCAAAUUUAAUGAGCUUAAAUGGCAUCUUUUAGAUCUUAUGCUUCAAGAGACUCACAAUUCAACAUCUAAACUAAAUGAUGAUAUAGAUACUGGAAACUGUCCCGUUACAAUAUUUUCAACACCUGAAAAUUUCUUCAAUCAAUGUGAUAGUCUGAAAGAUUGGCUGGAAAAACUAUCUUCAGCUUCACAAAAUGUUACCAGUUUACUCGUCAAUUUAGAUGACAUCAGCAAAUUUAUCAUUAAUUAUUAUUCGUCUCUAUCUCAUACUUUCCAUUGUGGUCGAGUCAUCUACCAAACAUUACCUAACUUUGAUCUGGCUCAAGAACUUAUGAAUCACUGUAAAAAUCUGGUUAACUCUUCUCUCCAACUGAAUCAAAAAAUGAGGAAUCGUGUUGACAUCAAAAAUCAAUUAGAAGCCACAAGUUCCUGUGUCAACGAAAUUAUCGCCUUGCGAUCUAAGAUUAUGCCACAAUUGAAUCUUAAUCAAAAUCAGAAUCUAGAACAAUUGCUUACCCAAGAAUUGACUGAUAUGGACAAGGCAAUUGAAGAAGCAGUUAAUAAAUUAGAGCAAAUGAUGGCUAUAUCAAAGAAACAGGAUACAGGAGUUACAUUAGAAGUCAAUGAAAAUAUUCUCGAUUCUUGUACUGGAUUGAUGCAGGCCAUCGUUCGUCUAGUGAAAAACUCAAAGGAGUUGCAAAAAGAGAUUAUAGUACAAGGAAAAGGAUCUGCUUCGCCUUCUGAAUUUUAUCAAAGAAAUCAUCGUUGGACUGAAGGCCUGAUUUCGGCUUCCAAAGUGGUUGCUCUUGCAGCAAAACUUCUAGUUGAAUCAGCUGACAAAGUAAUCGCUGGAAAAGCUAAAUUUGAGGAAUUAGUGGUUGCUUCAAAUGAAAUUGCUGCAGCUACAGCUCAACUUGUAGUUGCUUCCAGGGUUAAAGCUGAUUCUAAAAGUGUAAAGAUGUCCAAACUGGCUCAAUCAUCCAAAGAAGUAAGAGAAGCUACUGGAAAUGUCGUCGCAAUAGCCAAAAGUUGUGCCGAGAAAACGGAGGAUGUAGAUACAAUGGAUUUCUCGAAACUUACCUUACAUCAAGCUAAGAAAAUGGAAAUGGAAAGUCAGGUUCGCCUUUUGGAACUUGAAAGUGAACUCACACGAGAAAGAAUGAGACUUGCUGGAUUACGAAAAAGACAUUACCAUUUAGCUAGUUAAAUCGACGAUAAAUGCUGCCCGAAUAUUCUUAAUAUACAUCAUUUUUAUUGAUCGAAAUACAUUUCGUAAAAUUCACAAUCAUUUCACUCUAUCAUCACCAUAAAGACCACGCAUCAUGCUACUUCGUAUUUCAUAUAGAAACCCGUUUAAAGCUAUUAAUCGAAUCACUUUUUUUACAUUAUUUAAAUUGCUUGAUAUACAUAUUUAUGCAAAUUUUGAAUACUUGUCAAGUGGGCAUUAGUUUUAAUCUUUUGUUCACAAUUUAUAGAUUACCUUUUUUCAAUUUUAAUGUUUAUGACCUUUAAUCAUUAAAGGUUCUUUAAUCAUGAGAUACAUCUAUUCAAAGGAUUAAUUUGAAAAAUAAUACUUUGAUUGUUACCUUGUA